UCCCGUUCUUUAGUUAGUUUUACGUCAUUCUCUUUCUCCAAAGCAGUGGUCAAGAUCGACCCUGCUUCAUUGAAUUUAGAAAUCUAUAUUUAUUGGGAACAUCACCGACCCAAAACACCAUCAAAAUAUGUCCGGAAAUUGGAGCAAUAGCCGUGAAAACGGUGGUUCCAAGUUUGGGAGCGGGGGCGGUAGUCGAUUCGGCAGUAGCGGAGGCGGACGAUUCGGCAGUGGUGGAGGAAAUGGAGGAAGUCGAUUUGGAAGCAAUGGCGGUGGCAAUAGCAGAUUCGGGGGCGGUGGCGGUAAGAAGGAAUUUUCUGGUGGCCAGAACAUGCGUCGUCCUAACUGGGAUAGUCUGACGUUGCAGCCAUUCAACAAAGACUUCUAUAACCCACAUCCAUCAGUGCUAAGUCGCUCAUCCUACGAAGUUGAAGAAUACAGGAACCAACAUGAAAUCACUAUCAGUGGAGUUAAAGUCCCCAACCCAAUUCAACAGUUUGAUGAAGCUAACUUCCCAGACUAUGUUAUGCAGAGCAUCAACAGCAUGGGUUACAAGGAACCUACACCCAUUCAGUCACAGGGCUGGCCUAUAGCUAUGUCUGGGAAGAACUUGGUAGGAAUUGCCCAGACUGGGUCAGGAAAGACCUUAGCUUAUAUCUUGCCUGCUAUAGUUCAUAUCAAUAACCAGCCUCCUAUCAGGCGUGGUGAUGGCCCAAUUGCCCUUGUCUUGGCUCCAACUAGGGAGUUAGCGCAACAAAUCCAACAAGUAGCUACUGAUUUUGGCAAUGCAGCAUAUGUGCGCAAUACGUGUGUAUUUGGUGGUGCACCGAAAAGGGAACAAGCUCGUGACUUGGAAAGAGGAGUUGAGAUUGUGAUUGCCACACCUGGAAGGUUAAUUGAUUUCCUAGAAAAGGGUACUACCAACUUACAGCGCUGCACAUAUUUGGUUUUGGAUGAAGCUGACCGCAUGUUAGACAUGGGUUUUGAACCCCAGAUCAGGAAAAUCAUUGAGCAAAUUCGUCCUGACAGACAGACUUUAAUGUGGUCUGCAACAUGGCCCAAGGAAGUAAAAAAAUUGGCUGAAGAUUACUUGGGAGAUUACCAGCAGAUUAAUAUUGGAUCCCUGCAACUGUCUGCAAACCAUAACAUCCUGCAAAUAAUUGAUGUUUGCCAAGAACAUGAGAAAGAAAACAAGUUAAAUGUACUAUUACAAGAAAUUGGACAAAGUCAAGAGCCUGGAGCAAAGACUAUAAUCUUUGUUGAGACAAAGCGGAAAGUUGAAAAUAUUACUCGAAAUAUUAAGAGGUAUGGAUGGCCUGCAGUGUGCAUGCAUGGAGAUAAGACACAGCAAGAAAGAGAUGAUGUUUUAUAUCAGUUCAAACAAGGACGUGCCAGUAUACUAGUUGCAACAGAUGUUGCUGCCAGAGGAUUAGAUGUUGAUGGUAUCAAAUAUGUGAUCAAUUUUGAUUAUCCUAACUCUUCUGAAGACUACAUUCACCGGAUUGGUAGAACUGGGCGCUCACAAACAAAAGGCACGUCUUAUGCCUUCUUUACACCGUCGAAUUCACGCCAAGCUAAAGACCUGGUCUCUGUACUUCAAGAAGCCAACCAGGUUGUCAAUCCCCAAUUACAAACCAUGGCAGAACGUUGCGGCGGUGGCGGCGGUGGGUGGAACAGGAGCCGCUAUGGUGGCGGCGGUGGUGGCCGCAGCGGUGGUACCUUCAAACGUGGCUCAUUCGGAAGAAGUAAUGGACAAGGGGGCGCUGGCCACAAGAGAUUUAACAAUGACUAUUAACUCUAAUUGCCCUAGACAUAACAUUAAUAUAAGCAGCAAAUCCUCAUAGGAAUACUUUUGUGUGGAAGUGUAACUGUAAUAGUUAAAUGUAGAAAUACUCGUCUGUUUGCAGUUGUAUGUCAGUUAGCUUAAUUUAAACCAUCCUAAGUGUUCUGUUGAAGUAUUUUUCACUGUGAUAAUUUUUUGCUGUGAUUCAGGUGAGGAUUAGCUAAUUUAUUUUAUAAUACAUUGUCCCAAAAAUCUCAUGAGGCCCGGCUCUCGUCUAUAGGAAAUUAUUUCACCGAUUAUGUAACUUAUUCUGUCAUUCCAGUUGUGGAUUUAACUUUAAUAUUAAAAUAAAUAAAUGUAUGUACCUA